AUGAGCGAGUCAUCAUUCUACAAAGUGCUGGGCGUGUCAGCCACCUGUAGCGCCGACGACGUCCGUCGCGCGUAUCAUCAAGCAGCGCGUAAAUAUCAUCCCGACAAGAAAUUGAACGAUCUCAAUGCGAUUAACAGCGCCGGCAGCGUGUACAAAGAGUUUUUUUUGCAGGUGCAAGAAGCAUACGAGACAUUACAUGAUUCGGUUCUUAGACAGCAAUACGACACCAAGCUACAUAAUGAACUAAUGCGCAAGAGGAUAUGUGAAAAAGUGGUCGUUUCAGAUGAGAUGUUAUAUAGUGAUAUGCAACGGGCAGCUUUGCAUGGUGAGAACGGCGACGAGAACGAGGUAAUGUAUAGUCACCGGUGCCGCUGCGGAGAAUUUUACGAGAUAACAGAAAGUGAAUUGCAUGAUGGCGUGGAUGUCGUGGCGUGCACUGGUUGCUCCUUACAUAUUCGUGUCUUGUAUGGCAGAUCACAGUAG